GCGCCUGAUUCUGGCUACGGCCGAAGCGGCGAAGGCGGCAGCAGCAGCGGCGGCGGCGGCGGCGGCGGCGGCGACAGCUCUGGGGUUCGCGUCUCGGGGUGUGUCGGCCGCCGCUGCUGCUCAGGCCUGGAAUGUACAGAUGGCUGGCUAAGGUUCUCGGCACCAUUCUUCGCUUGUGCGAGCGGCCCGCGCCCGGGGCCCGCGCCCUACUCAAGAGGCGGCGCUCCAGCAGCACUCUGUUUUCUACUGCAGUGGACACUGAUGAGAUCCCAGCCAAAAGACCAAGAUUAGAUUGCUUUAUUCACCAAGUGAAGAACAGUCUCUACAAUGCUGCGAGUUUAUUUGGAUUCCCGUUCCAGCUGACCACAAAACCCAUGGUGUCUUCUGCUUGUAAUGGAACACGGAAUGUGGCCCCUUCUGGAGAGGUCUUUUCCAACUCUUCAUCUUGUGAGCUGAUGAGUUCUGGAUCCUGCAGCAGCAUGCUGAAACUGGGUAAUAAAUCUCCUAACGGAAUAAGUGACUAUCCAAAGAUCAGAGUGACAGUGACCCGAGAUCAGCCACGGAGAGUCCUGCCCUCCUUUGGUUUUACGCUGAAAUCGGAAGGCUAUAAUAGAAGGCCAAGUGGUCUUCGCCAUAGCAAAAGCAAUCCAGAGAGUUCCUUAACAUGGAAGCCUCAGGAGCAAGGUAUGACAGAGAUGAUUUCUGAAGACGGUGGCAAGGGUGUGAGGCGUCCCCACUGCACCGUGGAGGAGGGUGUCCAAAAGGAUGAAAGAGAGAAGUAUCGAAAGUUAUUGGAGCGUCUUAAAGAAGGUGCUCAUGGAAGCACGUUCCCCCCCACAGUUUCACACCACAGUUCUCAGAGAAUUCAGAUGGACACAUUAAAGACCAAAGGCUGGGUGGAGGAGCAGAAUCAUGGCAUCAGAACAACCCAUUUUGUUCCAAAACAGUAUAGAGUUGUUGAAACAAGAGGACCUCUCUGUUCAAUGAGAAGUGAAAAGAGGUAUUCAAAAGGAAAAGCUGACACAGAGAAGGUGGUGGGACUCCGAUUUGAAAAGGAAGGUACAAGAGGACACCAAAUGGAGCCUGAUCUGUCAGAAGAAGUGUCUGCCCGACUUCGCCUAGGAAGUGGAAACAAUGGCUUACUCAGAAGGAAAAUAUCAGUGCUUGAGAUAAAGGAAAAGAACUUCCCAAGCAGAGAGAAGGACAGAAGAACAGAAGAUCUCUUUGAACUUACAGAGGACAUGGAAAAGGAAAUCAGUAAUGCCCUGGGCCACGGCCCACCAGAUGAGAUUUUGAGCAGCGCUUUCAAGUUGCGAAUCACCCGCGGAGACAUCCAGACCUUAAAGAACUAUCAUUGGCUCAACGAUGAGGUCAUUAAUUUUUAUAUGAAUCUUUUAGUGGNAAGGAGUAAAAAGCAAGGCUAUCCAGCACUUCACGCAUUCAGUACAUUCUUCUAUCCUAAGCUAAAGUCUGGAGGUUACCAAGCAGUGAAAAGAUGGACCAAAGGGGUGAAUCUCUUCGAACAAGAACUUGUUCUGGUACCUAUUCAUCGGAAGGUACAUUGGAGCCUGGUGGUGAUGGACCUAAGAAAAAAGUGUCUUAAAUAUCUGGAUUCUAUGGGACAAAAAGGCCACAGGAUCUGUGAGAUUCUUCUUCAGUAUUUACAGGAUGAAAGCAAGACCAAAAGAAAUACAGAUCUCAACCUCUUAGAGUGGACCCACUACAGCAUGAAGCCACAUGAGAUUCCUCAACAGUUGAAUGGGAGUGACUGUGGAAUGUUUACUUGUAAAUAUGCAGAUUAUAUUUCUAGGGACAAACCUAUCACAUUCACUCAGCACCAGAUGCCUCUCUUCCGGAAGAAGAUGGUGUGGGAAAUCCUUCACCAGCAGUUGCUGUGACAAUGCCCCGCCUGGUCUUCUAGCUGCUGGUGGUUCUUUCAUGGAUGUUUCCAUAUACCUCAUGCAUUGUGGGUUAAAAAGUCCCCGAUCAUUUCUCUUCUCUCACAGGUACUGAGCUCUCAAGAUGCAUGAGGGCCUCUCCA